AUGGCGAACCCCGGAACCCCGGCCGGCCGAGCCCUGCGCCUGGGCCCACGGCCGCCCGCGACGCCGGCGGAAACCAUCGCCCCCCGAGCUGCGGUCUCGGCGGGAAGCCACCAGCCCGCGGGGCCCCCGCCCCCCGUGGCAUCUGCACCGUCCGCCGAGCGGGCCACCGCCCCCCGUGGCAUCUGCACCGCCCGCCGAGCGGGCCCCCCGCCCCCCGUGGCAUCUGCACCGCCCGCCGAGCGGACCACCCGCCCCCCGUGGCAUCUGCACCGCCCGCCGAGCGGGCCACCGCCCCCGUGGCAUCUGCACCGCCCGCCGAGCGGGCCACCCGCCCCCCGUGGCAUCUGCACCCUCCGCCGAGCGGGCCCCCCGCCCCCCGUGGCAUCUGCACGGCCCGCCGAGCGGGCUCCUCGGCCGCCACUUCCCCGCGAGACCGCAGCCCGAGCGGACGGGGCGGACACGAACCUGCACGUGCGCCCGGGGCUGCGGGAGGAGACGCCCGGACCUCCCGGCGGGUUUAGUCCGAACCGCUGA